AUGAAGAUAUAUGCAGAUAUUGCGGCAAAAGCAAAGCCUCAUAUCUUUUGUGUUGGUAACACGGUUCUUGUGCGUCAAAAACGUCAAAACAAAUUAUUUUCGCCUUACAACAAACACCCAUACACCAUAACUCAAAUCAAAGGUAGUAUGAUCACAGCACGAAACGCUGCUGGUAACCACGUUAUCACACGCAACUGUUCGCAAUUCGAACAAGUCCACCUAUCCAUCCACUAUCCGGAUGCUGAUUCAACUGCUGUUCCAAUACCCCAACGCCCAGCGGAAAGAAGAUAUCCUACUAGAGAGAACAGGCGACCUCCAGAGCGUCUGAACAUUGAAUAUCAACAUUAA